CUCCUUGUUUGGCAAGAUUCAAAACUCAUUUUUGCAUUUUGAAUUAUUAUUUAUUUUUUUGUAUAGAUCAUUCAAUUUUUACAUUCAGUUGGCUAUAUAAAUCAUUCAAAACGAAAGUGAGAGCAAUUGUUGAUAACUUUCUACUAUAUCAUUCUCUUAGCACACACAACACUAUCCAAUUCAGUGUUCGAGCAUAAUUAGGAUGGAAGUCGCUGGCCAGAACAUGGUUGCAUAUGAUGAAGAUCAGGCGUUGAAGUGCCUGUAUGAUGUCUUUGGAGGUUCGUGUUCACUUGACGAUAUAGCUCAUGCCUAUUGCAAGGCAAAUCGGAAUGUAAACUUGGCUGGGGAAAUUUUGUAUGAUAUGAAGGGGAGCUCCUCAACCUCUGGAAACCAUUCAUCUAACUCCGAUGCCUUUGAAAAGUCUUCAGAAUCAUCUGAUGGACAGUCCUUUGAAAGUUCCUUCCAUGGAAGUAAAAACUCAAGGCCCAAAGUUCGCCCAGUUUCAGCUGGUACUGUUUCAAGCGUUAUUGGUAAAAGUUAUGUUAGAUCCACGCCAUCUACAAGCGGGCCUAAAGUGAUGACUAAACCGCCUAAGUUGGACGCAAAGGACCUGCCUAUGACUGGAAUCUAUCGUGAAACGAGUGUGUCAAAGCCAAAUUCUUCAAAGCGUGACCAGCUUCAAGAGGACAUGGAGGAGUUCUUGUUUAAAAUGCUUGGAGUUGGUUUUAAGCUUGAUAGAAAAAUGAUACGCGAAGUUCUUGAUAUGUGCGGGUAUGACUUGCAAAAGGUAUAUAAUGAAAUCAUUCAGAGCUUGGAUACACUACUAGAUCAAUCAGUAAUGGAUUCGGACAAAAGGCCAGCUGCUGUUUGUGAUUCAUCUGUUAAGUUUGCAGAUGUGAAAACAAAAUCUGAAGCACCAGUAUCUGAAAAAAAGUCUCAGGAUUUAAAUUGUAUCAGAGGUGAUGGAAACAUAGUUUCUGUUAAAGAGACACGUGACAUUCAAAAAGAAGUCUUGUCUAAUUUGUUCAGUUAUCGUGAAUAUGUUGAGGAACCACGUAAAAGAAUUGUAAGGGAUGUGAAUAAGAAAUCACCAUAUGGAGUUGGACAUGUGGUAUUUGAACCUCCCAAAGAUACAAUGGAAGAACACAAGAUUGACAUGGACUUCAGGCGACGAGAAAACGAAGAUGAUGCUGAGGAUGAAGCAGAUUACCAAAGUGCACGGAAAGCUGUGAAGGAAUAUCGGGUGACAAUGAAGGAAUAUUAUAAAGCGGCUGUUGAUGCAUUCGCAAAUGGAGAUCAGGCUAAGGCUGAAAAAUUGCUAGACCAGGGGCAAUUUUACCUGAACAAGGCACGUGAAGCUGAUGACGAAUGUAGUAAAAUGAUUCUUGAAACCAAAGCGGAAGAAACACAAGAAAUGGUCCUUGACUUGCGUGAUCAUGAACCAAAGGUUGCUAUUAGACUGCUGAAGACCCAUCUUUCUUCCCUUUCUGGUAUUUCAUCAUUCGAGUACCUCAAGGUUAUCUUUGAUGCAAAUGAUCAAGCUAACAAGAAAAGGUCUACCAGAGUAAUGGUGUUAAAACUAUUAGAGCAGGAGUCUAUAAAGUGGGUUGAAGGAGAAACGGCUGGGACAAUAUUGAUCCGCUUAGAUAACAUUGAUCGUAAUCGGUUGAGUUUUUACAAACCAUAGCAUCUUUGCUGUGAAUCAAGGAUGGUGGUUUAUUACACCAUUGUCUUAUUACUGAUUACUUAACAAAUGAAUGGCUAUCCAACCUCCAUGAUGUGCAAGUAGUUUACUAUUUGUCAAUUUUGGAACUGGGGUUGUUGAAGUGAGGUUGGUUGUUUGGUCCCAAAUAUAGUUGACAUGAUUUUUUUUGCAAAUAUUAACUGAAAUAUGAGGAUCCAAAUUGAAAAAUACUAGUUUUGUCUCUUGCCUCUUGCUUGGCACAUGUGAUUCUGUAAACAUGAAUUGUCCGUGCUAGUGAAAUGUAAAUGUUGUUUCACUUGAACGUACGGAAUAUAUGAAGCUUUGACUCUUCAAGAUUAUUAUA